GCGUUUGAUUGGUCGUAUAGAGCAGAUUGAGCCGACUGGUUGGAAGGAAUUUCUGCAGGUCAGCAAUGUUAUACAUGAAAGUAGAGCAUUGGAUAUCAAUACACAUGUCAUUUUCCCCCUGGGUGAAACUGCAGCUGCAAUUAGAGGAGAAAAUGAACUUUGGCUUGCGAUGGUUCUUCGAAAUAAAUUGUUGCUGGACCUAAAACCUGCACAGCUUGCUGCAGUCUGUGGAAGUCUAGUUUCUGAAGGAAUUAGACUUCGGCCCUGGAAAAAUAACAGUUUCGUUUAUGAACCUUCUACCACUGUCUUGAAUGUCAUUGACUUAUUGGAAGAAACAAAAAGCUCAAUUCUAGAGCUUCAGGAAAAGCAUGGAGUACAAAUUCCUUGCUGCUUGGAUAGCCAAUUCUCUGGCAUGGUUGAAGCUUGGGCUUCUGGUCUUACUUGGAAAGAGAUUAUGAUGGACUGUGCAAUGGAUGAAGGAGAUUUGGCUCGCCUUCUAAGAAGAACGAUUGAUUUAUUAGCUCAGAUUCCUAAAUUGCCUGAUAUUGAUCCACUGCUGCAAAGCAAUGCCAAGGGUGCAUCUAACGUAAUGGACCGCCCACCAAUAAGUGAAUUAGCAGGAUGAUAUAGAAACAAAAAUUCAUCAUCUCCUUAAGGAGUCGAACUCAAAUGCAGUCCCAGAACGGUUUUUAAAUUAUUGAACCAGGCUCAGCCUUUGCUAUAAGAGAGAUUGCUCAGAGCAGCAGAGUAGCAAGAAUCUAGCGAACAAGUAACAGGUGCAGCUUUGGAUAAUGGGCGAGGUGUUAAAAACGACAAAAUCAGUAUCUUCAUACGAGAAGUAUUAUACUGGAGUAUGCCGUAUACAUCUCUAGUAAGGACUAAACCAAACCCACUACAUCAGGUUGGUCUAUCUGUGUUUCCAGAUUGAUUGGCAGUUGGUAGAAUGACCGCACAGCGGAAAUGAAGUAUGGAUUCAAUGUGAGUGAGCAUGAUUUUCUAGAGUUGAUUGUUCACCAAUAGACCAGAAUGGUAUAUAAUUAGCUUGGAGGAUUGUCCUCUAUUUUUUCUUGGAGCAACAUAGCAAUAGACCAGAAUGGUAUAUAACUCGCUUUUAUAAAGUGUGAUUGUAUAUUCCAUCACAAAAAGAAAUAUGUUAAUUGUAGAUCAACCAGAAUCUCAGUAAAAAUAUAUAUCACUCCAUUUCCAAAAUGGUCCUGUUGCCCAAA